AUGGCCCCGUCUACUCUUGUAGAGAAUCCGAGGCCGGACCCUCUCAAUUCAGAGCAUGUCAAUGCAGAACCUGUCCAUGCAGAGCAUGCCAACGGGAGCCUUGACAACUCGGAGCCUGCAAAUCCAGAACCUACUAACGAUGAGCCUGCGCGACCACUUGGUGCCACAACGCAGUCGGCAGAGGCUGCUGAAGCGCCGCAAAACACAAUGGCACCCAUCCAAGUUGACGACGUCAGCACCGACGGCAGUGACUUUGAAAGUGACUUUUCCGACCUGACUUCGUUGUCUUCGAGUGUUCUGGACUACGAGUAUGAGAAUGGUCGGCGGUACUCGAGCAAUCGACACGUAAACUAUAGUAUGCCAAAUGAUGAACAGGAACUAGACCGCCUGGAUUUGGUAUGGCUUUCGACUUCUGAGAAAUUUGACCAAAAUUCUAACUUUUAUAUAGUGCCACCACAUGUUAAGAAAACAGAUUCAUCUAGUUGGCUCAUGUUGCUGAAAGGAGAACCUUUCAAAGCGCCCGUCAAGAAUCCGCAAAAGAUUUUGGAUCUCGGCACAGGAACUGGAAUUUGGGCCAUGGAUUGCGCAGAGAAAUAUCCAGAAGCCCAUAUCAUUGGCAACGACAUCAGUGCUAUCCAGCCGAACUGGGUUUGCCCAAACGUAGAAUUCAUCGUGGAAGACUACGAGGCAGAAUGGCUGUACAAAGCUGAAAGCUUCGACCUUAUCCACGCACGGUUGUUGGCAGGGUGUGUUGCAAACUGGCCCCAGCUCCUGCGGCGUUGCUACGAUGCCCUCAAGCCAGGCAGCUACAGCGAACUCCACGAAAGCGCUUUCUGGGCCUACAGCGAUGACGGGACCUGUCCCGACGAUUCCCCUCUCAACCAAUACCUAAGCGCACUCAUCACAGCAUCAGCCGCGAGUGGAAAACCGUACAAUAUCCAAGCAUUUUUGAAAGGCUGGCUCAUUGACGCUGGUUUCGAGGAUGUCACACAACUCACGUAUUUCCUGCCGUACUCGCCCUGGCCAAAAGAUCCUUAUCUCAAGGAGCUUGGAAAGUAUCAGCAGGUGAUGUCGCAGCAAGCUGUCGAGGCUUAUGGUCUCAGGCUGUGCACUCAGGUUUUGGGUUGGGGUGUGGAUGUUUCGAAGAUUUUCCAGGCUCAGUGCAGAAAGCAGAUUGGAGAUAGGAAUGUGCAUGCUUACGUGAAAGAGUACGUCUUUUAUGGGAGGAAGCCUUUCCGGUGA